UACCAAUUCAAACCCAAAAUCGAAAUCUGUAAAAGAUCGAUCAAACCCACUAUUGCACAGCCCUAACUGACCCCUAAACUAACGACUGGCGUAGGUGAGCCGCGAACCCCGGUCCUCUCACCUCACGUUCCCUAUCGGCGGCAGAAGCUCAAGGAGCUUGACGGCCUCCACCCUAUCGCCAUCCCACGGUCCCGACAUAUGCUCGAGCUCGACAGGGCCUCCAGUUCUCCACACCUCCAUCCCAUCGGCUCUCCACGGUUUUCGGCCACCAUUUUAUCCUCAUAUGCUAUCACGCCCUCCUCGCUCGACCGUGAACCCGCACAAACUCGCUCCACGGGUGGGUUCGGUAUUUUGGUUUUCCAAACCCACAAAACCCCAAAAGCACGGAAGCAUCGCCUGCCUCUCCCAGCCGUCGCUCGUCUAGCCAUCUAUUGUCACCGCGGUGUCGCUUCGAAGCAUAGAGUUUGCUCGCCGUCGCCGUUUCCUACCUAAAGUAAAGAAGAAUAUGUUGCUGCCGGGGUCGACAGACAAUAGCGGGACAGAUGAGAUGGAAUAUAUUUUCAGGAAUAACAGUGUUGAAGACGUCAGUUGGCUUUGUUCUUUAUCUGAAUCUGAGCUUUGGCUUGAAACAUCAUGUCAGGAUAUGAUCAUUAGCUUGAAAAUGCUUGUACUUCAACGUGCAAAAUUGUUUGGACAAGACCAAAUAACUAAAAAAUUUGACCUCAAGAUUCUUCGAGCUCUUGGUAUGCCUUUGUCUACCGGGCUAAUUAUGAUGGAAUAUGUCAAAGAGAAGGUUAAGGAGAAGUCACUGGUUGCAGGUUUGGGAGAAUCUGUUGCAUUCUUGGAUUCUUGUAAUCUAUUAAAAUGUGAUGUGGAAAAUAUUUUGGAUAGCGAGGAGGUAUUAAAUUGUAUAGCUGCUAAAUCGAGAAAGAGACAUGCAAAUAGAUUAGUGAAUCUCACUUGAUUACUGCUUUAGUUUGGCUUGUGAGGUUUCAGGCGUACAAAUGGGGUUAUUGAAGAGUAACAAAGGAGAAAGCGAGUCUUUGUUGCUCUUAUAUCAUGUAAUGUAUUUUGAACCAAAAAAGAAGAAAAAAUAAUGCUUAUUGUUUUUUAUUCCUACCAGAACUGCCUAGUACUUCACUUUUAGACAUGGGCUACAGCUUUUAGCAUUGUUACCUGAUCUUUAUGAUGUUAUUCAUGCUAAGACCUUGAUGUA